GGGGCGGGGGCAGUGGACGCUGAGGCACCUCGGCCCGCCCGGGUGGCAGCGGCGUCCUCUAGCCUCCGCUCGGCUGGCGCGGGGCCUGGCAGCCAUGCCUCCCACGCCCCCGGGCCCGCUGGGCGACUGCCUGCGGGACUGGGAGGAGCUGCAGCAGGACUUCCAGAGCAUCCAGGAGACCCACAGGCAGUACCGUCUGAAGCUGGAAGAGCUGAUCAAACUGCAGAACAGUUGUACCAGCUCCAUCACCCGGCAGAAGAAGAAGCUCCAUGAGCUGGCCCUCAUUCUAAAGAAAUGCAAACCCUCCCUUCCAGCGGGGGUCCAGGAGGCUUCGAAGGAGCUGGAGAACCAGAUCAAGGAGCGCCAAGGCCUCUUCUUCGAUAUGGAAGCCUAUUUGCCCAAGAAGAAUGGGUUGUACCUGAGCCUGGUUCUGGGCAACGUCAACGUGACACUCCUGAGCAAGCAGGCUAAGUUUGCCUACAAAGAUGAGUACGAGAAGUUCAAGCUCUACCUCACCAUCAUCCUCAUCCUCAUCUCCUUCACCUGUCGCUUCCUCCUCAACUCCAGGGUGACAGACGCUGCCUUCAACUUCCUGCUGGUCUGGUAUUACUGCACACUGACCAUUCGAGAGAGCAUCCUUAUCAACAAUGGUUCCAGGAUCAAAGGCUGGUGGGUUUUCCAUCAUUAUGUGUCCACGUUCCUGUCGGGAGUCAUGCUGACAUGGCCCGACGGCCUCAUGUACCAGAAGUUCCGGAAUCAAUUCCUGUCCUUCUCCAUGUACCAGAGCUUCGUGCAGUUCCUGCAGUAUUACUAUCAGAGUGGCUGCCUGUACCGCCUUCGGGCCCUGGGUGAGAGGCACACCAUGGAUCUCACUGUGGAGGGCUUCCAGUCCUGGAUGUGGCGGGGCCUCACCUUCCUGCUGCCCUUUCUGUUCUUUGGACAUUUCUGGCAGCUUUUUAACGCGCUGACAUUGUUCAGCUUGGCCCGGGAUCCUGAGUGCAAGGAGUGGCAGGUGCUUAUGUGCGGCCUCCCCUUCCUCCUUCUCUUCCUCGGCAAUUUCUUCACCACCCUGCGAGUUGUGCACCAGAAAUUCCACAGUCAGCGGCACAGGAGCAAGAAAGAUUGAGGCUGCAUCGUCUGCCCACUGGCCUGGAAGGGGCUUCUGUACCCCAUGUAUUGUUUUAGGAGGUGGGACUCCCUCGUCCAGAAGGUCUGUCUGCUCUCUCUGGGUCUUGUGGGCUCUGUGGGCCCCAAAGGCUAUGCUGGAGAAGACCUGGACCUGUGUCCCAGCCUGUGGCGAGCUGGGGGCCAGUGGCCUUAAUAAAGGAAGAGAGGCACAGAGGUGGCGCGA